UCCUGAGGGUGCGGCAUCCUGCUCAGCAGCCUGGCUCUCAGUAGACAGCCAGACUCAGGCUGGCACCAUGGCGGAGUUCAGGGUGACGGUGUCCACUGGGGAGGCCUGCAGAGCUGGUACUUGGGACAAAGUGUCUGUCACCAUCGUGGGGACCCGGGGAGAGAGUCCCCCACUGCCCUUGGACCAUUUUGGCAAGGAGUUCUCUGCGGGCGCUGAGGAAGACUUCAAGGUGACGCUCCCUCAGGACGUGGGCCAGGUGCUGCUGCUGCGCGUGCACAAGGCACCCCCGGCAUCGCGCGGCCUCUUAGGGCACCUGGUCCCGGAUGCCUGGUUCUGUCGCUGGUUCCAGCUUGCGCUGCCGCAGGGCGCCCCGCUGCUCCGCUUCCCCUGCUACCAAUGGCUGGAGGGGACGAGAAGCCUGGUGCUGCGGGAGGGGGCAGCAAAGGUCUCCUGGGCAGACCACCACCCGGUGUUCCAGCAACAGCGCCAGGAGGAGCUGAAGGCCCGUCAGGAUAUGUACCACUGGAAGACUUACAUCCCAGGAUGGCCUCACUGUCUUAAUGAGAUGACUGUCAAAGACCUGGACCUAAACAUCAAAUACUCCACAGUCAAGAACACUAACUUUUACCUACAAGGAAUCUCUGCAUUCGCAGACCUGAGAAUCAAGGGACUGCUGGGCCGCAAGGGGCUCUGGAGGAGUCUGCAUGAGAUGAAAAGAAUCUUCAGUUUCCAGAGGACCCCAGCAGCUGAGUAUGUGUAUGAACACUGGAAGGAGGAUGCCUUCUUUGCCUCCCAGUUCCUGAAUGGCCUUAACCCUGUUCUGAUCCGCCGCUGUCGUUACCUCCCAAAGAACUUCCCAGUCACUGAUGCCAUGGUGGCCCCAGUACUGGGCCCUGGAACCAAUCUACAGGCUGAGCUGGAGAGGGGCUCACUGUUCUUGGUGGAUCAUGGCAUCCUCUCAGGCAUCCAAACCAAUGUCAUUAAUGGGAAGCCUCAGUUCUCCGCAGCCCCAAUGACCCUGCUGUACCAGCGACCAGGGUCUGGGCCCCUGCUACCCCUCGCCAUCCAGCUCAGCCAGACACCUGGACCCAAUAGCCCCAUCUUCCUACCCAGUGAUGACAAGUGGGACUGGCUGCUGGCUAAGACCUGGGUGCGCAAUGCCGAGUUCUCCUUCCACGAGGCCCUCACGCACUUGCUGUACUCUCACCUGCUGCCUGAGGUCUUCACCCUGGCUACACUGCGCCAGCUGCCCCACUGCCAUCCACUCUUCAAGCUGCUGAUCCCGCACACACGGUAUACCCUGCACAUCAACACCCUCGCCCGUGAGCUGCUCAUUGCCCCCCGGCAGGUGGUGGACAGGUCCACAGGCCUCGGCAUUGGAGGCUUCUCUGAGUUGAUACAGAGGAGCAUGGAGCAGCUGAACUAUUCUGACCUGUGUUUGCCUGAGGAUAUCCGGAACCGAGGAGUUGAAGACAUCCCAGGAUACUACUACCGGGAUGAUGGGAUGCAGAUCUGGAGUGCAGUGGAGCGUGACAUGUCUGUCCAAGAUGAUAGAGAGCUCCAAGCCUGGGUGAGGGAGAUUUUCUCCGAGGGCUUCCUAAGCCGGCAAAGCUCAGGUGUGCCCUCCUCACUGGAGACCCGAGAAGCCCUUGUGCAGUAUGUUACCAUGGUGAUAUUCACCUGCUCAGCCAAACAUGCUGCUGUCAGUGCCGGGCAGUUUGACUUCUGUGCUUGGAUGCCUAACCUGCCACCCACCAUGCAGCUGCCACCACCCACCUCCAAAGGCCAGGCAAGGUCUGAGGGCUAUAUAGCCACCCUCCCACCAGUCAAUGCCACAUGUGAUGUCAUCAUUGCCCUCUGGUUGCUAAGCAAGGAGCCUGGAGAUAGAAGGCCCCUGGGCACCUACCCAGAUGAGCACUUCACAGAGGAGGCCCCACAGCAGAGCAUCGCUGCCUUCCAGAGCCACCUGGCACAGAUCUCAAGGGGCAUCCAGGAGCGGAACCAGGGCCUGGCACUGCCCUACACUUACCUGGACCCUCCCCACAUUGAGAACAGUGUCUCUAUCUAAAUCCUGGGAGAACAUGACCUGCGUGAUGUACAUCUCUUUGGCCACAUCACUCUAGGCUAACUAGCACCCAGAGAAAAUGACCCCCCCCCCAAAAGCAAGCCUCUAUGUGACUCUCCUGGGACAACUAGGCCCCAUACCCAUACCCUUACCCCCUCACAUACACAAAAAAGGACGGAGAAACAAAAUCAAAACAGAGAAACCAAAAAAACCCAAGAACAGAAUCUCAGGAUAGUACCACCAAGCCUUUUGAAGACUCCAAACUUGAAAGUGCCCGCAUAGCCC